AUGGUUAAAACAUCCAUGUUGAACGAAAGUUACUUAUCAACUACACAUUAUCUGAAUGAAUUGACAGCACUUCCGGUGUGUUCUGGAGAGCACUUCACGUGUUCUUCGGGUCGAUGUGUACUGAAGACGUGGUUCUGUGACGGAGACAACGAUUGCGGCGAUAAUUCAGACGAAAACGACUGCAAACCCCGAGACUGUAGUAAUGACCGGGAAUUGAAGUGCGGGAACGGCCGGUGUGUUCGCAACGAAUGGCAAUGCGAUGGAACCGAUGAUUGUGGCGACGGGUCUGACGAGGAAUGUAUGGGUCGCCCGUGCGCUACAUCAGAGUUCAGGUGCCAUUCGGGCGGAUGUGUGUCGAUGUCCUUCCACUGCGACGGAGAGACCGAUUGCGUGGACGGAUCGGAUGAGUUGGACUGCGAACUGGUGCCCAUCGACCACAUCUCCACUUCCGAGCACUUCACGUGUUCUUCGGGUCGAUGUGUACUGAAGACGUGGUUCUGCGACGGAGACAACGAUUGCGGCGAUAAUUCAGAUGAAAACGACUGCAAACCCCGAGACUGUAGUAAUGACCGAGAAUUGAAGUGCGGGAACGGCCGGUGUGUUCGCAACGAAUGGCAAUGCGAUGGAACCGAUGAUUGUGGCGACGGGUCUGACGAGGAAUGUAUGGGUCGUCCGUGCGCUACAUCUGAGUUCAGGUGCCAUUCGGGCGGAUGUGUGUCGAUGUCCUUCCACUGCGACGGAGAGACCGAUUGCGUGGACGGAUCGGAUGAGUUGGACUGCGAACUGGUGCCCAUCGACCACAUCUCGUGCCAUUCGGGCGGAUGUGUGUCGAUGUCCUUCCACUGCGACGGAGAGACCGAUUGCGUGGACGGAUCGGAUGAGUUGGACUGCGAACUGGUGCCCAUCGACCACAUCUCGUGUCCAUCAGCUCAGUACCGGUGCCGCAACGGCCGAUGCAUUAGCGAAGCCUACCAUUGCGACGGAGACAACGACUGCGGCGACUGGUCUGAUGAGGCCAAGUGUGAGGGAAGAGUUGAGUGCCGUUCCACUGAAUAUCUCUGUUCUGAUGGCCAAUGCAUUAACAUUGACUGGAAGUGUGACGGAGACCCAGACUGUGAGGACAAGUCUGAUGAACAUAAUUGCCCCUCCAAGUCGUGUACAUCUGAAGAGUUUCGGUGUCGAAGCGGUCGCUGUAUUUCGAUUCAGUGGCGAUGCGAUGGAGACAUCGAUUGCAGCGAUAACUCGGACGAAGACGGCUGUGCGGUGAGAAGCGAGUGCACGACCGGUAACUUCAAGUGUGCGGACGGCACGUGUAUUAACCAGAACAACGUAUGCAACGGUGCGCCCAACUGUCCGGACGGGUCGGAUGAAGACCUGAACGGGACGUGCGCUUCGGGAACUCCAUGUCGUGAGGAUGGCUUCCCGUGUCAGCACUUAUGCAUAGCCACAGUGAACGGUCAUCACUGCGCCUGCAAAGAGGGCUAUCAGAUGGGAUACGACGGGCGCUCGUGUCUGGACGUCGACGAGUGCUUUCUUACUGAACAGAUCUGUUCGCAAAAGUGCGAGAACUCUGUUCCCGGCUUUCAGUGCUUUUGUGCCAAAGGAUACAAAAUGAGAGCAGACAGGCGCCGGUGUAAAGCCCUCGGACCCGAGCCUAUCAUCAUAUUUGCCAAUAGGAUAGACAUCAGGAGAGUGUCUUUGGAUAACUCGGAGUACACUUCAGUUCUUGGAAACCUUCAAAAUGCAAUCGCUAUUGACUAUCACUACGAAAUGGAUCUCAUAUUCUGGUCGGACAUCACAGCAGACGUCAUAUUCAAGGCUUCGUUGAACGGAACCGAUAAGACAGCGAUAGUGAGCUCUGGUUUAGUGAGCGCCGGCGGUAUCGCCAUCGACUGGGUCUGCCAUCGGAUAUUUUGGACCGAUUCCGGGACUUCAAGAAUAGAAUUCGCGAAUUUGGACGGAAUGAUGAGGAAAGUGCUCUUUUGGAAGGGCAUUGAAAAGCCCAGAGCUAUAGUCGCCAAUCCAGACGACUCGACUAUCUUAUGGACCGAUUGGGGACAACAGCCCAGAAUCGAGAAGGCGUUUAUGGACGGAACGGGACGUAUGGCUAUUGUGGAGAGAGAACUCUUUUGGCCCAACGGAUUAACUAUAGACCAUCCGUCGCAUCGCCUCUAUUGGGUCGACGCUAAGCAUCACGUCAUCGAAAGCUCUAAUUUGGACGGAAGUGAUAGAAAACGUGUCAUCGAAGGUGAUUUACCGCAUCCUUUCGCCAUCAGUGUGUUUGAAGACAACCUCUAUUGGACUGAUUGGCAGACAAAAGGCAUCCAAACCGCGAGUAAACUGAACGCAAAGAAUAUCACAUUAGUCCACAAUAAACUCCAUUUCCCAAUGGAUAUCACGAUUUUGCAUCCAUUAAGACAACCGGAUGUUCUCAACAGAUGUGCAUCUCAUGCAUGCAGUCAUAUAUGUUUGCCAAAUAACGUCAGCUACCGGUGUAUGUGUCCGACAGGUCAUCACUUGACCAGCGAUGGCAAGACAUGUGAUCCUAAAGCAGACACUUUCCUAUUAUUCUCGCGUCGGAUCGAUAUUCGGCUCAUUUGUAUGGAAUGUCCAGAAGAAGACAACAUUGAUGUCGUCCUUCCGCUCAAAGACAUCAAUAGUGUUGUGGCCAUUGAUUCCGAUCCCGAGUCGUCCACAAUAUUCUGGUCAGAUGUGACCAAUAAGACUAUAAACCGGGGCCUUUGGAAUGGUAUGAGUCAACAGACAAUUAUAUCGAAUUCAGUGGAAUCGCCCUCUGGGUUGGCAGUGGACUGGGCGGCCAGGAAUAUAUAUUGGGUCGACACCAGUCGUAAUCUCAUAGAAGUGGCACAAAUGGAUGGCUCGAUGCGAUCCAUACUAUUAUGGGAGACACUGGAUCAGCCCAGAGAUAUAGCGGUCGACCCUAACAGUGCUCUCAUGUUUUGGAGUCAAUGGGAGAAAUCAAACGCAAAGAUAGAGAGGUGUGGUAUGGAUGGCUCACAACGAAUAACCCUUCACUCGCAAAACCUAACACAUCCGCACGGAUUGGCCAUCGAUUCCGUCGAUAAGAGGCUGUAUUGGAGUGACUCCGGGAUGAAACGCAUAGAAUAUUCUGAGUUUGAUGGAUCCAAACGACAAGUGAUCAUUAGUCGUAAUGUGAAACAUCCGUACGGUUUGGUUAUAUAUAGAGAUCAUAUCUAUUGGACAGAUCUUGAGCUCAAGAACAUUCAAAGCGCACAUAAAUUGAAUGGAGAUCAAAGAAAGACAUUGGUCCAAGGUUUAGACCAAUUAAUGGAUAUUCAGAUAUUUGACAACCAGUUGAUUGAAACCAAGAGUGAUGUGCGGAAUAUCUGCUCAAACGCCGGUUGCAGUCAUUUGUGCCUUUUAUCGCCGUCCGCACCGGGAUAUCGGUGUUCGUGUCCCACAGGUGUUAGACUGUCAAACGAUGGCAAAACUUGUGCCCCAGAUAUGCAAAAGUAUUUAGUGGUUGCCGUCAGGAAUACUAUUCGCCGAAUUUCACUGGAAGUGCCCUAUUAUGCAGAUGUUGUCCUCCCCCUCAACCAAACGCCUAAUAAUGCAAUCAUUGUUGACAUUCACGUCGAGAAUAACAGUGUCUUCUGGUCUGAUAUCAAAGAGGAUAAGAUAUACAGAGCGGACAUGACUUCGGGAAUUGUUGAAGAAGUGAUAGGCGUUGGUCUGUAUGACGUGAACGGACUGGCAGUGGAUAACGUGGGCAAAAAGCUGUACUGGACGGACGCCGGGAGGAAAAGGAUAGAGGUUUCCAAUUUGGACGGCACUGACCGUCGAGUUCUCAUAUGGCAUGAGUUGGACUCUCCCCGAGCUAUAGCUGUGAACCAAUUGACGGGACACAUGAUUUGGGCGGAUUGGGGCGCACAGGUCAGGAUCGAGAGGGCAGACAUGGAUGGCGGCAGAAGGGCUGUCAUCGUCAGUGAGAGACUCGGCUGGCCUAACGGUAUAACCAUUACUAGAAAAGGGCGCUUCAUUUGGGCCGACUCUCAAACACAUACCAUCGAAAUGGCAGAUAUUAAUGGUGUGAAUAGAAAACUUUUGAUGAGUGAAGUGCCGGCGCCUUAUGGAGUGGCAGUGAUCGACGACUACGUGUAUUGGACUGAUUGGGAGACCCGAGCCAUACAUAGACUUAAUAUAGUAACAAACGACGAAAAACCUGAGAUUAUACUCAAAGGUUUGAAUAAUUUAGUGGAUAUUCGCGCCGUGAACUCAUUGGCCAACGACUCGCAUAUCAUACACAACAUGUGCCAAAUCAAUAACGGCGGCUGUUCUCACCUCUGCCUUAGGAACACUGCCAAAGGCUACUCAUGUCUCUGUCCCACAGGAAUGGUACUCUACAACGACGAGAAGACAUGUAAUCCGAACCUAACCCGUCAACUACUGAUAUCAACGAAAACAACUCUUCGCCGGAUAUCACUGGACACCGAAGACUAUAGUGAUGUAUACCUACCAGCGCUCAAUAUACAAAAUUCAGUGGCAAUAGAUUAUGACUUUUCUAAUAAGAAGAUCUAUCACUCGGAUCUCGCCUUAAAUCAAAUCCGAUCCUUCGAUUUCGACGGAUCUAACGCUCAAAUAUUGGUUCAGAAGGACGGGUCGGCGCCCAAUAGUCUGGCAUUUGACUGGAUCUCGAAGAACCUGUACUGGAGUGACACCAGUCGUAAUGUUAUCGAAGUGUCCCGUAAUGACGGCUCGUGUCGUAAAGUCAUCAUUGACUUAGAUCUCAAUGAUCCCAAAUCACUCGCAUUACUACCAGCCCUGGGGUUUUUGUUUUGGGCUGAUUCGGGUUCAGUGGCUAAAAUUGAAAGAGCUUAUUUAGACGGAAGUAGUCGUAGAGUAAUAAUAGCCUCAGACUUGGGUCGGGCUAUCGGUCUGACUAUAGAUCUGGAAAAUCAGCGCAUUUUUUGGGCCGACUCUCAGUUGGAUCGCAUAGAAAGUGCAGAUUUGGACGGAAAGUAUCGAAAUAUUUUAAUCAAAGAUAUCGCACAUCCAUACGGACUGACGCUUAUGGAUCAGUACGUCUACUGGUCUGACUCACACACCAAAGCCAUCGAAAGGGCCAACAAAGUUACCGGUGCUGAUCACGAGACCAUUUGUGAUAAUAUUGAAAAUUUAAUGGAAAUCAAAGCCGUGUCUCUCAGUCGGCAAACUGGUGCCAAUCCAUGCGCUGUGCUUAACGGCGCCUGUAGUCAUCUCUGUCUUUUCAGACCUCAAGGUUAUAUAUGUGCCUGUCCUUCGUAUGGGGACACCCGCCCCUGUUCUACGGUUCCGGGGGAAGUAGUGUCACACCAGUCGACGCAAACCACUGUUCCUUCAGAUGUAUCGACAAAUGAUAACUCAGUGAAUAGCGAUUCAGAACUCCUAACCGAAUAUCCGGCCAAACAUAUCAAUCUGACCACACUUUGUAGAGAUCUAACUAAUCUAUCCAAUUGUCAGACCUCGGGAACUAACUUAGACGGACAUCUUCUUCGGGCGGUCUAUAUCUCAGCUCUAAUUGCCUUCGCUUUGGUUAUUAUAAUCAUAGUGAUCGUCACCAUUACAUUAUGCAAAAAAAAAGGAAAGACGAAGAGAACAGACAAAGAAAGUAAUGUCAGUCCGUAUCCCGAAGACUGUUACGAACCCAAGAAGAUUCAAAAUGACAUGAAUUUAAUGAGACAAUCGUCUGACGAACAGAACUUAGAUAUUAAAGAUUACGAGCAAAUCGAUAGCUAUAUUCCUCCUCCGCCUCCACCGCCACUAACGGGCCAUCGUUUGUACAAUAAAUUGAGUCCUCAAAUGAACAGCUCUUCAUACGUGUCACCCGAAUGGAAGCGCUCCAACAAAUACGUCAAAGAUCUCUAUUGA